AUGGCACCGCCGCAAUUAUCCGAGGAUGAAGUCGAGGAUCUGAUAUACUUCUCACGUGCCGGCGAUGAGCAGGAGCUAUCCGAAAUGCUGUCGGCCCUGGUCAGCAAAGCGACCGGAGGCGACAAUGUCCUAGCCCUCCUAGCAUCAGCCAAAGACGGAGGGAAAAACACAUGUUUGCAUAUGGCUGCAGGAAAUGGCCAUCAAGGCAUUGUCAAGUACUUGCUAGACCAGGUUCAGAGCCAACCCAAAGAAGCAAGGCAGGUUUUUUUGGACGAUGUUAAUGAGUACGGAAACACGGCUCUACACUGGGCUUCCAUGAAUGGACACCUAUCCGUUGUGAAACUGCUGGUGGACCGUGGUGCUUCCCAGGCUCUGGCCAACGACAAAAAUUAUUUGCCAUUGGACCUGGCUAGCUUCAGCGACAAGCUGGAUGUUGUCGACUACUUUCUAAGGUCAUCCGGUAUCUGGGAGUCUGAAAACAGUAAGAGCACUGAUGCGGAAACUGGGGUAAACAGCAGUUCUGUCGAUGGAUUGAGCAGCGCGGCGGCGGCCAUAGACAUAGACGACGAGGCAUCUGAUGAUGUGGAAGGCAACCAAAAAUAA